AUGCUCCUGCUCCAGCCGGCAUCUGGCGGAGCAUCGCCACUCCGACCCCCUCCCUUCCCCACAUGCUCCUCUCGAUCCCGUCCCCUCCCUCCCUGUCGUCUUGUCCUUGCGACGCCCACCCUCCACCAGGCCCUCCGCCAGCCCGAGCCCCUCGCUCCCUUCUCCACCAGGCCAUCCACCUUCGCUCGACUUGACCAUGUCGUUGUGGGGGAUGGGGUUGUUGGGCUCAUGGCCGAGCUCUACAAGGUGGAGCUCGUGCGCGCCCACGACGAUCCUGAGCGCAACGCUGACUUCUGCUUCCUCUACUACGCGUACGCCAAGGCCGCGGUGGAGCGCGCCGCGCAGGUCAACGGCGUAGGUCGCGGGCGUGGCGGAGCCCAUCCAUCCACCCAUCUUCCCCAAAGUUUCCUUCGACAAGUAGCAGCAGCGGAAGGCGAUGGCAACGAACAUGCAGAUGGGCAGCGGCUCUCUCUCAUCAACAACACCUUCUACUCCAACAAGGAGAUCUUCCUCCGCGAGCUCAUCUCCAACUCAUCAGAUGCUCGAGAGCCUGACGGACAAGAGCAAGCUCGACGCCAGCCGGAGCUCUUCAUCCGCCUCAUCCCCGAUAAGCCCAACAAGACGCUCUCCAUCAUCGACAGCGGCGUUGGCAUGACAAAAUCAGAUUCCCUACACGUGUGUAUCUAUCAAGUCAUCUUACUAGUGGCUGUUCAAUUGACCUUGAUCAUGCAAGAACGUCACUGGAUUCUGGAAUCUGACCGAGAUCCCGCCGGAGCUCUUCAACUCGAUGGAUCUGGUCAUGUUAACUCCGCGUCCUACUUCUCGACGGAAGCUGCAUCCUUCCCCAGUAGGCUUCCAAUGGCUGCGUGCCUGCGCCCAGCUGCUUCUGCGCCGGUGCCGACCACCGCGCCCAGUCACCACGGCCAGUGGCAGCAGUCUCCUUGGCGGAUGGCAGUGUGCAGGUGUGCACCCUGGCACUGGGGACUAGAGAUGUGCAGCAUAGAAGGCCAGCAGCUAGGAGCUGAGCAACUGUACACAGAGCCGGAGGUAAGAUUGAGGUGGACCAGAUUGCUAAUUUCUAACUAG